AUGUCAUCCCCUAGUCCGGGCAAGAGGCGGAUGGACACGGACGUGGUCAAGCUCAUUGAAAGUAAGCAUGAGGUUACGAUCCUGGGAGGACUGAAUGAAUUUGUAGUGAAGUUUUAUGGACCACAAGGAACACCAUACGAAGGAGGAGUGUGGAAAGUUAGAGUGGAUCUUCCUGAUAAAUACCCUUUCAAAUCUCCGUCGAUAGGAUUCAUGAAUAAAAUUUUCCAUCCCAACAUUGAUGAAGCGUCAGGAACUGUGUGUCUAGAUGUAAUUAAUCAGACUUGGACAGCUCUCUAUGAUCUUACCAAUAUAUUUGAGUCCUUCCUGCCCCAGUUGUUGGCCUACCCUAACCCCAUAGACCCUCUCAACGGUGAUGCUGCAGCCAUGUACCUCCACCGACCAGAAGAAUACAAGCAGAAAAUUAAAGAGUAUAUUCAGAAAUACGCCACAGAGGAGGCACUGAAGGAGCAGGAGGAGGGCACCGGAGACAGCUCGUCGGAGAGUUCGAUGUCUGACUUCUCGGAAGACGAGGCCCAGGACAUGGAGUUGUAG